AUGGUAUUCAUGGUUACCUACACGGCACGGCCUAACCUACGUCGUUCGACCCACGUACCGGGGAACGUCCGGGCGGCACCUGCGCUCCGGCCGCCUGCCGUGCGGACUCUGCCUGACCUUGUGACCGGCGCCGUCUCACCUGCCGCGGUCGGCGGGCCGCGCAGGCGCAGUAGGGACUGCUCGGACCGGUCCGGCGGGCCGCGGACCCCGGCGGACCCCGCUGGACCGGGCGGCAGGGCACGCCGGGCCGGCAUACGCGGCGUCCGGCCGGCCGGCGGCGGGACAGGCGGGACAGUCGGGGCCGGUAUCGCCGGCCAUCAGGUGGUGUUUGGGGCCGGUGGGGUGCCGGCUGAGUGUCCAGUGCAUUUGUUAGCAAACUGCAGUGCUGUGAGGCCGAAGCCCGCUCCCCCAAUAGGCGGAGGUCAGGGAAAGCAGGCGCCCAGAAUCCGCCCGGUAUUCGUCUGUUGACUGUCAGCUGAAGAGCCCAGUGGACGGCGGUCGGCGGUCGGUGGACAGCAGUGGACGGCGGUCGGCGGACGGCGGUCGGCGGACGGCGGUCGGCGGACGGUGGACAGCAGUGGACAGCUACAGCGGACGGCGGACGGCGGUCGGCGGACGGCGGUCGGCGGACGGCGGUCGGCGGACGGCGGUCGGCGGACGGUGGUCGGUGUGCAGCAGUGGACAGCUGCAGCGGACUCUGACGAUGGGGAUCUCUGGGACGUCCAUCGUGCUGAAGCCGAGCGGCCGCGGCCCGGACUCGUUCAUGCCCGGGGACGCGGUGCGCGGAGCUGUGGUGGUCUCCAUCACGGGCAGCGCCGGCUGCAAACUGACCGAGGUAACGCUGACGGUGAAGGGCCAGGCGCGGACCCACUGGACCACCCACAACGGCACCUGGUCGUCCAAACACGCCCAGAAGGAGACCUUUCUCAAACUGGUACUGCCCGUGCUGCGAGUGAAGAAGGGCGCCGUGGCCACGCUGCCACCUGGCGAGAACCAGCUCAACUUCAGCUUCACGCUGCCGGCGGGCCUGCCGCACUCGCGGCUGUAUGAGCACGGCGAGGUGGCCUACAAGAUGGUGGCGCGCGCAGUCUCCGGCCCGCUGGGUAGUGCCUGGAAUGGCACCAACAAGCUGGAGAUCACCAUGCUGCAGCGCCGAGACCUGAACGCCCUCCCGCACCUCGCCCGUCGACUGGUGGUGGAGCGGAAGGCCAAGAGCAGCACCUCGCGUCGCGAGGACCCCGGACAGUUCACUGUCAUGCUGCCGCGACAAGGAUUCGUGGCCGGAGAGACCAUCGACGUGUACCUAGACGGCUCGGACGACGUGCUCAGCGCCCUGGCGCGCAACGAGGGACUCGUCAAACUGAAGAGGUGCGAGGAGUUUCGCGCCGGCUCCAGCACGGAGUACCAUAAGCCGGUGCUCACUCAGAAGCGGCUCGGCCUGGAUCCCUCCGAGUGGCGCCAUUUCCAGCUGACCGUGCCGCGAGACGACAUCGGUAUCGACCCGGCCGUCUGCCGCAUCAUCGCCGCAUCACACUACAUCAAGAUCUGGGACGUCCACCUGCCGCUGACCCUGGGAACCAUCGCGUUCGGCAAGCGCUCCUCGUCUCGGCCGCCGUCGCGCUCACCGUCCGGGGCGCGGCUGGCGUCCUCUCAGAACUCGUCGCGCGCGCCGUCCCGCUCGCCGUCCGGCGUGGCCCUCUGCCAGACGCCGUCCCGGACCAACUCCGGCGCCGACCUCAGCCAGCUGCCCUUCAAGGUGCUCGCCGGACUGGCCCUGUUCCAGAACUCACCCCGGCCGCCCUCGAGGUCGCCGUCCGGGGUGGGCCUAUGUCAUAUCUCGCCCAAGGCGCCCUCGAGGUCGGCGUCCGGGGUGGGCCUAUGUCAUAUCUCGCCCAAGGCGCCCUCAAGGUCACACUCUGGUGUAGCUUUAUCUCAGACCUCACGGAACACACCCUCAAGAACACCGUCUGGUGUGGCAUUAUAUCAAACCUCACCGAAAACACCCUCAAGAACACCAUCUAAGACAGGUCUGUGCCACACACCCUCCAGGGCCCGGGACGCCGAGAUCCAGUCAGCUCGCCCCCACUCCAGAACAGCCUCUGACUCAUCGGACGAACAUCUGCAGUUCCUGGCACCCGCCAGGCGGACACCGGAACCUGAGGAGGCUGAACAGCAAGAGGUGGGCGCUCGGACUCAGAAGCCUGAGCUGCACGAACUAAUCACAGCGCUGCCUCCGGUCCCGAGGAAUGAACCGCAGGAGCUGGGCACACCGCUACCGACCCCACAGAAGGCGGAGCUGAGAACCUUGCUGCCGACAACGCCACAGAAGGCUAAACCGCAGGAGCUGGGCACACCGCUGCCGACUCCACAGAAGGCUGAACCACAGGGGCUGAGUACUUUGCUGCCGACGACGCCACAGAAGGCUGAACCGCAGGAGCUGGGCACAGCGCUGCCGACCGCGCCGUGUAAAGUCACGGACGUGUAGCGUCCGGCGGAGAGUGCAAGUACAGUCAGCGCUGUCCCGUGUAGCGUCCGGCGGAGAUACAGUUAAUGCUGACCCGGCGUAUAACGUCCGGCGAAACUCACAGUUGGUUCAGCUCCCGCCCCUGCGCCGGUAGGCCGACCGGAGGAAUAGUGCCAUAGCUGCGACGCUGCCGGGCUGAGAGGGGCGUCCAUCGCGACGGGAGCUACGGUCGUGACGAGGACUCAGCCGCUCGUAUUGGGGCGAGGGGUGGUCGGUGGCUCGCUAUUGAUGGACACCACUUACAGCUUACCCCGCUUCCCCUAGUGUGGCAUGUUAAAGGUAGACUGCCACCUUUUUUCCACAAAACGGUUUUCACUAGAGCUGAGCCACCUAUGUCCCAGACUGAAGUCGGUUUUCCGAAAUUCGAACCCGUUUGCGAGAAAUCGGAGACCAAAGUUCAGUUUGAUGCCAUUUUUUUAGUCCAAGAAAACCGACAUCUCUACUGUUUAUCGAUAACUUUGAAACAUGAAUUUUCUUAUCUUUUGGUAAAUAUAUGUCAAAACUUUGAUUGUUUCGAGAUCAGAGAAGAAUUUUAGAGUGUCAAAAUAAAAGUUUAACUUAUAUAUUCAGUAGUUCAUUUUUUCCAAAAAAGUGUGGGAAAUGGGGUUUAACAUGGGCCAGACCCAUUCCAAAUGAGCCAUUAUUUUUAAAUGUUUUACGAACUUAAAUGCAAAAUAAAUUAAACAUGGCCAAUUUCUUAUGAAAUCAUAUAUUAGUAAAUCAUAAAAUACCUUACUUUUUCAAAUAAAAUGUAAUAAUCUUAUGACCUUGAAGUCUAGUGAUGUGUAAACAUUGUCGCUAGACAUUCACCGAUUGAUAAUUGUAUGAUAAUCGACAAUUUUUUCGCGAUUCACGUGAUGAUACUUUGUCAGGUGAAUUCUAAAAUUUUGUUUUGUCCAGGCAACAAAUCAUAGGCCUAUCUGAGAAAACUUUUUGAAGGUGGCAGUCUUCCUUUAAUAAUUGCGUAGUGCAUAACUGUUAAUGAAGACGCUAACAUGUGUAUUGCUGUAAACGCUCUCUCUUAGCUCUCCCCGGCCGAGGGAGACUUGAUUUAAGUGGCCUGACUAACAUUUACGGAGACGAUGUUCUGGUGCGGUUUUAUGCGUAACUCUUUCCAUUUUGGGCUGUGAAAACGCAUACUCCGUCGGUGGCACACGGCAAAUAAUAUAAUUAAUUUCUUAGCAGCUCACAUUAUCGAAUUUUGUACACACUAGACGGUGUGUGAACUCGCAAUGAUAUUACACUAAGUGACCGAGUCGAUAUUUGUCGAGGCGGGGGCCGCUCCGCUACCAAUCAGUUGUAGUGAAUGCCUAACAUAAAAGUAUUUAGCCAUUUGUGACGUCAACUAACCAUGUGUUGGACCAUCGAGCCUCCAGCGUGAUCACCAGCCCUCAGCCGGCGCUGGACUGCGUCAGAGGUGCACACCGCUCAUUAUUCUUCGUCUGCGAGACGCGCAGUGGCUACUCUGCUGUUGUGAUACACAUGAUACUCACCUGCUGGCGCGGACUGGGCGCUGGAGGAGGGGCAGAGCCCUCCGCCGUCCAGUUGUACUCGCACCUGGCAGAGGAAGUGUGCUGUGUACUGCAUUCCGCCGUUUAUUAGCUCAUGAAGUGUAUGAGCGACCGAUGUCGGCUGUUGCUCCGUCUAUCCGUCCGUCCGUCCGUCCGUCCAUCCGUCCGUCGGUCCGUCCGUUCGUCCGUCCGUCCGUCCGUCCGUCCAUCCAUCCAUCCGUCGGUCCGUCAGCCCGUUCGUCCGUUCGCUGCUUUCUGACCCUUGCAGCACGAGUGCUCUACUCUCAUGUGUGCUGCGUCGAAAUGUUUGGUUGUGUCUGUAUGUUUCUGUCAAGAUUCCUAUAGAUAGGUUUCUGUGUGACUUGCUGUGUCGGUAUGGUCGACUUUAUGACUCGCCGUGUCCCUAUGGUUGACUUUGUCUUUGUGCCAAAUGCUCCCGGCGGUCCAAAACCAACGGCACACGACCCGAUGGCGACAUCCUUGGGAAGUGCUCCGGGAAAAGUGCCAAACUUGCAGCAGCCGUGAACUAAAUGUAUGCCAUAUAAAUGUGUAAAAUAUGCGAAAUCGGUUUGAUUUGGGUUGCGGAAUGCCGUAUAUCCAGUCCAGCAUUAUCUGCACUUUAGACGUUCAUCUCUGUGGCUGCAUUUGCAAUAUAUCAUAGUCAAUGGAUGCGUCACUGGGCUGAAUAAAUGCAGUUGG